AUGAGCGGCCAUCCACGUCCACCAUCGAACAGAGUCCAUCCAGCGUCCACAGCACAACAACCACAACCACAACAACAACUUCAACAACCACAACAACAACUUCAACAACAACCACAACAACUUCAACAACAACCACAACAACUUCAACAACAACCACCACAACUACUACCACUGCGACUCGGAUAUAUUGAGUUUAAAUAG